AUGGAUGUAGGUGAAUCUAUGUUCCUGGGCAAUGCCACCAAGGUAAUGAGGCAUGAGAGUGCCAUCGUCCCUGACACCUACACUGACAAAGAUCAAGCAGGCUGGUUGAGAUGCUUUGAUCUUCCACUUGAACAAAAAACAAACAAUGCUAAUCAUUUUGCAUCUGCCUCUAGGAACUCUAGGAAAAUGAGCGGGACGGUGAAGCUGACAUGCGUGCAGCUGCUCAUGGUAGCCUUCGCUACGCUCAUCACCAUGUCAUCUGCAGGUUUGCAGUAUGGUUUCUACAACGCGUCAUGCCCGAACGCCGAGCAAAUGGUCACGAGUGUCGUCAAUGGGUUGAUCGACGCUAAUCCUGCUGUUGCUCCGGCAUUAAUCCGUUUGAUCUUCCAUGACUGCUUUGUUGCGGGCUGUGACGCUUCCAUCCUCCUGGACCCCACGAGCGCCAACAGUUCGCCGGAGAAGACAUCCAUUCCCCUGGCCGUGGCUGGGUAUAACGCCGUCGACCAGAUCAAGACGGCCGUCGAGGCCGCGUGCCCCGGGACGGUCUCCUGUGCCGACAUCGUGGCCUUCGCCGCCCGCGACUCGGUCGCGAAAGCCGCGGGCUACUACUACUCCGUCGACUCCGGCCGACGCGACGGCAGCGUGUCCACCGCUUUCAGCAUCCUCACGAACAUGCCGUCCCCUUUGUUCAACCGAUCGGACCUCGUCGCCCGCUUCAUCCAGAAGAAGCUCACCGUCGUCGACCUCGUGGCGCUCUCCGGCGCGCACUCCAUCGGCGUAGCGCACUGCUCCGCCUUCACCAAGCGGCUGUACCCCACGGUGGACCCGACGCUGGACGCCACCUUCGCGGCGGACCUCAAGAAGAGGUGCCCAGCGCCGGCUCGCGGCGUGCCAGACAACCUGGUGAACAACAAUGUGGUGACGCCGGCGAUACUGGGCAACCAGUUCUACGGUAAUGCCAUGGGCAAGAAAGUGCUGUUCAACUCGGACGCGACGCUGCUCACCGGCAGCGACACGGCGACGCUGGUUGCCCAGAUGGCAGCCGACCCCGCGAAAUGGAUUGCGCAGUUCGCGGUGUCGAUGGUCAACAUGGGAAGGAUAGGCGUGCUCACGGGGACGCAGGGGCAGGUCAGGAAGAACUGCCGUGUCGUAAAUAGCUAA